UAAGGUUUUGCCUUCGACGAGGACUAGGAUCUCAUUUUGCGGCUCUUAGCAGUCCGUGAAUUGCAUCAGCAGAAUCUAACUCUCACGUGCCAUCAAUCGAGGCUGUUGGCAUCUGGUUAUUGUGUUUAACUGGCCGAGAAUCUAGCUCGAAUUUUACAAUCACCACGAGAAAUCUAUGGAUUUCGACGUAGCUUUUUUGGUUGAGGUGGUCUCGUUUCGUGGAGUUGUUGUGUUGGCAAGGUUUCGGAUUGAGUCUUGUGAUUGCAUGGUGCGCGCUCGGGUUUAGGCUGAGCGUCAUUGCAGCCUUGGUCGUGAGUGAUUGUGCGUUGUGGUUUGGGAAUACGUCUACCACGAUGCAGCUCAGUAUGGCGCGUCCGGUCCCUGGGUGCAGCUUCCAAUUCUCGUCGGGUCGUCUGCGAUGCUGUUGCUCCUGUGAUGUGUCGUUGUCUCGAUUCGUGCCUGUUCGAAGACAAGUUGCAACUCCUUCACAAUUGAAGAGCUCGCGAGGUGCAAUUAUUUUGGCUUCUACCCCAUUGCCUCAAUCGCCAAGGCCCUUAUGGCCAAUACGAAUACCUCGACCACUUGUAUACAGCACUAAUCUUGCCGACGUUGAUCCGGUUCAGCUUAGUGAACUUUGGGAAAAAACGCUGAUGGUUACUAGAGAACCUUCGAAAAUCAUGAAAGCACUUCGGCACAGCUUCAUGUUUGUGAUUGUGCUGGCAGAACAGGAGAAAGAUGACCUAGGAUUGAGAUCUACUCCGAAAGUCGUUGGGAUUGGGCGCGCAGUAUCUGAUGGUUCAUUCAUUAGAUCUGGUUGUACCCACAUAAUUUUCUGUUCUUUGUUUCAGGCUACAAUUUGUGACGUAGCCGUUGAUCCGGAGUAUCAGAAGCAAGGUAUUGGACGACGGAUCGUCAAACGACUUGUGCAGGAGAUUAAGAAGAAGGGUGGUCCGUCAGGGUUUGCUGUGUUCCCACCACCAAUUGCAAGACAAUUCUUCUGGCUAAUUGGCUUCAGGUCUGAUCGAAAGUAUCGUCUCAUGGGAUAUCGAGGCAAAGAGGAGAAGUCAGCCGACAUUACUGAUGCGGACAAUGGUGCUCAGGUCUUGGGGACUGAAGAAGUAGGAGAGACUGAAGAAGCCAAAGAGCCUGAAGUAUCAUGACACUCGUUUUCUUUGGCACAAGGCCGUGUCUUUUUUAGCUUUCUCUUCCGGCAAUCGAUUCUAAUGUACUUUCGUUUACCUGGUGUGGGCUAGGGAUAGUUUUACCUUUUAGCAUCCAAGACACCUCUCUUUCCUUCAUUAUUGCUACAAUUACAAGAGUAAAUGGUGUAAAAACUGGCCUCUUUCAAUUCCUAUCUAUCGCUGCUCAGUUAUUUUU